AUGGGCAGCUUGGACACCAACCCUACCGCCUACUCCGCCUUCGGCGACGACGCCACCAGCGACUUCCAGCCGCUGAACCCCGACGACGUCCGCUCCUACCUCCACAAGGCCGUCGACUUCAUCUCCGACUACUACAAGUCCGUGGAGUCACUGCCCGUGCUUCCCGACGUCAAGCCAGGGUACCUGCGGGACCAGCUGAGGUCCGCUCCGCCCACGUCAUCCGCCCCGUUCGACGUCACCAUGAAGGAGCUCACCGCCUCCGUCGUCCGGGGAUGA